AUGGUCUCACCUCCCCUGUAUGACCCACUGAUCGACUUUCCUCACUUCAGACACUCUGUGCUCUUCUCUGACUCGGACUCUGGAUGAUCAGACGGGUUGACAUGUCGCACUCGGUCCUCCCCCCGGAGAUACACAACGGCCAUGGAGUCGACGACGAUCACGACUCCGAACCCGAGGAUAUUUACCUGCGGGACAGGCGAAGGGCCAAGUCCUUACCGGCCUACCCCGAGCAGGCCAAUCUGUUCAGCCGUCUCUCUCAGCGCUGCAGGAAGCAGGUCAAGUUCGCCGACGCGCUCGGCUUGAAUCUGGCCAGCGUGAGGCACUUCAGCAUCGCCGAGGAUCCCCAGGUGCCCUCCGAGGUGUUCGCCGCGCUGCGCGCUCUCCCCGCGCAGCACGAGCGCGAGCGCGAGCGCAAGCCUUCCAACUUCACAUUCGCUCGGGACACAGCAGCGGAGGUCACAGAGGCGCGCGUGAAUCGCUGCAGGGUCGCCCUGGAGACGGUCUCCAUGUCCGGGUGGGCCAUGCGCGGGGUCAUACGCGCCAACGUCGCGCAUAACGGCGAGACAGAAGUCGGGGUGAGGUACACGUUCAACCACUGGGCGUCCUACGCGGACGCGCCCGCGGUGCCCGUGUCUGGAGAGCGCGUGCACGACAUGCAGAGAUUCUCCUUCACUGUGCUCACGCCUCAUUUCCUCGAGCCGAACGCGAGUGUGCACUUCGCCGUGUACAUGAGGACUGACCGCGGGGAAUUCUGGGACAAUAACGACGAGCAGAACUACUGUGUGCAGUGUGGCCUCCUGCUGUGAACCCCCCUGAGUGCAUCUUACUCCACUGUCAACUAGAAUCUGAAUGAAACCCAAAGAAAACACCUCCACAACUCGGAAUUCCUACUCGGAAAGUCAGGAAGAUCUCCUGAACCCCAAGUUCAGCAAGUGACGUCAAAUCAACAUGGCUGCUCACAACAUCAGCUGUAAACAAAUGUGCAGUUCUUUCCCUUUAAAUGAGUUAUACUGUAUAUAACGGUAUGUACUUUUGAUCCAACAACACACGGGCAUAUUUUCUUGUUAAAUCUAUAACACUGACUACACAGCUAGCUGUUUUGAGGAUGAAAAUAUACAUCACUCUUCACCGCUAGUCGGUUUGAUUGCAACUAAAAAACAUUGAGAUGCCCGUAUUCUUUUCUCAAUUUGCAGCUCGAACGUAUGGACAUCGAGAAAUGAUGUAAUUCCAAUUUCUGACUUCUCACUAGAGGUUUUUUUUUUUUUUUUUUUUUUUUUAAUAUCCGACAAGUAACCUGCUCCAUAAGAUUUUCUGUUAUUGAUCAGUAACAUUUUCCAUGAAUGUCUCUACAAAUAUUGUGUUGUAGAAGACUAACUUGGAGCUUUUAUGUAGCUAACAUUGCAGUUAGAAUUAUGGGUAUGUAUUUACACCUGCCAUCGAGUGUGUAGCAGUGUUCCUGUCGCAGAACCGUUGCCUUGCGCACGUUAAAUCAGUGCCAGAACAUCCUCCGGUCUGUUGACUGCAUCAGCACACACUUUAACGCCGGUUCUUCAAUGCAGAUGGACCUUAAAACGUCCAGCGAAGUACUCAAUUUUCUAUGUUGAGGCCGUAAAGCUGGACCUUUAAACUCUGAAAAGCGCAUAUUACCUUACAUUUGUUUUUUUUUUUUUUUUUUUUUUACAUGUUUUGAUGAAAGGGUUGGUUUGAUUAAAGGCUUUUUUCAUUGUGAAAUGUAGGCUUCAAACAGCGACUCGUGUUAAGUCGUAUGCAUAUCAUAGCCAUUUCAUACGAUUGGAUAUGUUUUAAGCUUGUAAUACUAUGCAUGCAUCUAAGUAACUAUAACUAAUGGUAAUGAAUGGAGAAAAACUAAAAUAGCACAAACGUGUUAUUAAAAUUCUUGUUUUUGUGUGUG